GCCCAAUUCAGGAAGUGAAUCAGCUGACAAAUGUCUUAUUAUCACAUAUUGUAAUGUACCUAUUAGAAAGGUUUAUUCGUUUUUUUUACUCGUAAUACAUUUAAAUCGUAAUACAUUAUUAUUUAUCGUGAUUCAAACGGUAUCUCAAACUUAGAAUCUCACGUAAGAUUCUAAUGGUUGAAGUUUCCAAAGUGCUGCUGCUGGAUUUUGGACUCUGAAUUCGUGAUUUGUCUCCUCUAACGUUACUCGUCUGCUCCAUUCAUGGCCAGUCCAGUCCCGAGUGUGUCGGAGUUGGUUGCCGAGGCUCGGCGUGUGUUCGAGCAGAGCUUCGGGGGAGAUGCUCCACAGGUGGCAGUGUGUGCCCCAGGCAGGGUCAACCUGAUAGGGGAGCACAUCGACUACAACCAAGGAUUCGUCCUCCCUAUGGUAAUAAUGUCAUGAAAAUUGUGUUUAUGAUAUCGAUGGUUGUUUCUUUAGGACUGAAAAGUGUCACUUAUUUAGUCCAGUCCACACUGGGUGCACAGAUUCAUGAAAGUCCUGCCGUUUGCAUUGACAGCUUAAGUAUUUGGUUAUUAUUUGAUUAGUACAGGGUCAUUGUAUGUAGAGGAGAUGUACAUUACAUGGUUUUACAGAUCCACAGCCCAGAAGUACUCAUCAGUCAGUCACAUAUCUCCAAUGCUGUAACUCUUUCACCCUUGUGCCAGGCUCUUCCCCUAGUGACGGUGGUGGUUGGCAGCAGGACCUCUGGCCAGAGUGCCUCCAUCAUUACUGCUGCUAAAGAUGUGGAGGAGCCCAGGAGAGUGGACUUUGACUUCCCCAAUGACAAGGCACCUCUGUCUCCUGGGAAACCCAGCUGGGCCAAUUAUGUCAAAGGAGUGGUGCAUCACUACAGAGGUGAACAGAAAACAAUACCUCCUGUAUCACAUCAUGAGACCUGUUAAAAUGUUAUCGUGACACAACAUCGCUACAUCAUCAUGGAGGUCCAACUCCGCACUUUUAAAAUAUUUUAACACCACCCCAACCCCCCCCCCCCCCCCCCCCCCCCCCUCUCUCUAUCUCUCUCUCUCUCUCUCCCCCUCUCUAUCUCUCGCUCUCUGUCUAUCUCCCUCCGCUCUCUCCCUCCGCUCUCUCUCCCCAUCCCUCCCUUUAGCUCCUCCAGUCCCAGGGUUCAGGGCAGUGAUAGCCAGUAGUGUCCCUCUAGGAGGAGGUCUGUCCAGCUCUGCCUCUCUAGAGGUAGCCAUGUACACAUUCCUACAGCAGCUCAAGCCAGGUGAGUGGACUAUGUUUGGGUAACAUCCAAUAGUCUGUGAGUGAAGCUACAUGUCAUAACGCCAUCCCACCACCCUCCUCAGAUGACGGGGACAAGGUGGCGAAGGCGGUGGCGUGCCAGAAGGCUGAACACACCCAUGCAGGCGUGCCCUGUGGCAUUAUGGACCAAUUUGUCUCUGUACUGGGCAGGGAGGCUCACGCUCUACUCAUAGACUGCAGGUAACAGGCCUGGUUAUAGGCUCAAGCGUGUGAAUCCAAGAUGGCGUAGCAGUGCGGUAGUGUUCUUUGUUGUGUGUCUGUGUAAAUAGCCUAUUUUUGUAUUUUUUAUACAUAUUUACCUAUCACACCUUUCAUCCUUCUACAAAAUAUACUUUUCUGCAACCCACCUCACUCAAUGUGGAACGGAUUCUAUUAUUGACUUACCUUUUAUCUAGAAUCUCCAGUUGAAACUAGCUAGCCAGCUAACUAGCUACUUGCUAUUAGCCACCGUUAGCGGUUUUCACCCAGAACAUCUGAUUUUUCUGCCGGAAUAACUGAAUCACUGGACAUUAACACCGCAUCGCAACUAGCUAGCAACCGAAUGGAUAUUGCUGUUUGGCUAAUCACCACUGCCCCCGAAGCAAGCACCAGUUAGCCUCGAGCUAGCCCCAUAUCCCGGCUAUCUACCUCUCUGUCUACUGGACGGGAGUAGCCAGCUAACUAGCUACUUGCUAUUAGCCACCGUUAGCGGUUUUUCACCAUUGUCCAUGGCCUGCACUACCUACCAGCCAGCUCUAGCCUGGACUAUUAUCGGCCAGUCUGCUCUGUCUGCACAGCGCGUUAUCGACCCAGAACAUAUCGUUUUUUCUGCCGGAAUCACCUGAAUCACUGGACCUUUAACACCGGAUCAUCGCAGCUAGCUAGCUGCAACCAAAUGGACGUUGUUGUUGGCUAAUCAGCCUUGGGCUAGCCUAGAGCCAGGCCUAUCUCCUGGCUAUCUACCUCUCUGUCAACCGUAUGGGACCUCCUAGUGUUGACACGGAGCCCCGCCGAUCCAACACGACUGGUCUGCCGACGAAAUCGUCUGAUGUGGUUACAACAGGCUUCCCGUUAUGACGUCGACCACGAAGAUCCAUCUGCUAGCCCCGGCCCGCUAGCACACGCUAGCCGUGGCCUCUUGCUCGCCAGUGCUAUAGCAACCCCCGAACUACCUCCGAACUCUCCUAUUGCUGUUCACCGGACCUUAUGAUAACUCAGCUAUACAGCUGAUGCCUGCUGGACUGUUCCUUUUUACGGUACCGCAUCCUGUUUAUGUUUAGCCUCAGCCCAAACUUUGUCGCCAUUACCAGCUGUUGUCUUAGCUCUCUCGAAUAACAUCUGUGAUUGCUUUAUGCCUCUCUCCCAUGUCAAUAUGCCUUGCCUAUUGCUGUUUCGGUUAUUUCUUAUUGUACUAUUUCACUGUAGAUCCUCCAGCCCAGCUCAACCUGCCUUAGAUAGCUCCUUUGUCCCACCCCCCAUACACACGGAGACCGACUCAAUCGGUGCCUCCAGUGAUGCUAUCUCUUUCAUCGUUACCUAACGCUUAGGUUUACCUCCACUGUACUCAUAUCCUUCCAUAAUGCCCUGAAUCUAUUCUACAACGCCCGGAAAUCUGCCCCUUUUUUUCUCUGUACCCAACGCACUAGAAGACCAGUACUUAAAGCCUUUAGCCGUAUCCUUAUUCCUACUCUCCUCUGUUCCUCUGGUGAUGUAAGAGGUUAACCCAGACCCUGUACCCCCCCGUAUCACUCCUACUCCCCAGGCGUUAUCAUUUGUUGACUUCUGUAACCGCAAAAGCCUUGGUUUCUCCCUGCCUCCGUCUAACUUUGAAGCCUCCUCACCUUACCUAAGUUUGAGUUUCUGAAUCUGGCUUAGCACACUGCUUUCCACCCAACACCUUUGCUUCUCGAUAGAACUGCCGUGGGGUUGCAUCUGGCUUAGGAAGGCUACAAGAAGUAUGCCUACCUACUUCUAAAAAAAAUCCACCUUUCCAGAAAUAAGUCUCUAAGGUUGCCGCUUGUACAGACCACCCUCAGCCCUGAGCGGUGCCCUCGGGACACCAUAUGUGAACUGAUUGCUCCCCAUCUAACCUCAGAGUUCGUACUGCUUGGUGACCUAAACUGGGAUAUGCUUAACACCCCUGGCCAACCUACAAUCUAAACUAGAUGCCCUCAAUCUCACACAAAUUAUCAACGAACCUACCAGGUACAACCCUAAAUCUGUAAACAUGGGCACCCUCAUAGAUAUCAUCCUGAUAAAUUUACCCUCUAAAUACACCUCUGCUGUCUUCAACCAGGAUCUCAGCGAUCACUGCCUUAUUGCCUGCGUCCGUAAUGGGUCCGCAGUCAAACGACCACCCCUCAUCACUGUCAAACGCUCCCUAAAACACUUUAGCGAGCAGGCCUUUCUAAUUGACCUGGCCCAGGUAUCCUGGAUGGAUAUUGACCUCAUUCCGUCAGUAGAGGAUGCCUGGUUGUUCUUUAAAAGUGCUUUCCUCUCAAUCUUAAAUAAGCAUGCCCCAUUCAAAAAAUUCAGAACUAAGAACAGAUAUAGCCCCUGGUUCUCCUCAGACUUGACUGCCCUUGACCAGCACAAAAACAUCCUGUGGUGUACUGCAUUAGCAUCGAACAGCCCCCGCGAUAUGCAACUUUUUAGGGAAGUCAGGAACCAAUCAGUUCGGAAGUCAGGAACCAAUCAGUUAGGAAAGCAAAGGCUAGCUUUUUCAAUCAGAAAUGUGCAUCCCGUAGCACUAACUCCAAAAAGUUUUGGGACACUGUAAAGUCCAUGGAGAAUAAGAGCACCUCCUCCCAGCUGCCCACUGCACUGAGGCUAGGAAACACUGUCACCACCGAUAAAUCUACAAUAAUCUAGAAUUUCAACAAGCAUUUUGCUACGGCUGGCCAUGCGUUCCACCUGGCUACCACUACCCCGGCCACCAGCUCUGCAUCCUCCGCUGCAACUUGCCCAUGCCCCCCCCCCCCCCGCUUCUCCUUCACACAAAUUCAGACAGCUGAUGUUCUGAAAGAGCUGCUGAAUCUGGACCCCUACAAAUCAGCUGGGCUAGACAAUCUGGACCCUUUCUUUCUAAAUUUAGCCGCCGAAAUUGUCGCAACCCCUAUUACUAGCCUGUUCAACCUCUCUUUCGUAACGUCUGAGAUCCCCAGAGAUUGGAAAGCUGCCGCGGUCAUCCCCCUCUUCAAAGGGGGUGACACUCUAGAUCCAAACUGUUACAGACCUAUAUCCAUCCUGCCCUGACUUUUGAAAGUAUUUGAAAGCCAAGUUAACAAACAGAUCACCGACCAUUUCGAAUCCCACCAUACCUUCUCCGCUAUGCAAUCCGGUUUCCGAGCUGGUCAUGGGUGCACCUCAGCCACGCUCAAGGUCCUAAACGAUAUUAUAACCGCGAUCGAUAAAAGACAGUACUGCGCAGCCGUCUUCAUCGACCUGGCCAAGGCUUUCGACUCUGUCAACCACCGCAUUCUUAUUUGCAGACUAAAUAGCCUUGGUUUCUCUAAAACUAAAUGCAUGCUCUUCAACCGAACGCUGCUUGCACCCGCCCACACGAAUAGAAUCACUACACUCGGCGGGUCUGACCUAGAUUAUGUGGACAACUACAAAUACCUAGGUGUCUGGUUAGACUGUAAACUCUCCUUCCAGACUCACAUUAAGCAUCUCCUAUCAAAAGUUAGAUCUAGAAUCGGCUUCCUAUUUCGCAACAAAGCCUCCUUCACUCAUGCUGCCAAACAUGCCCUCAUAAAACGGACUAUCCUACCCAUCCUUGACUUCGGCGAUGUCAUUUACUAAAUAGCCUCCAACACUCUACUCAGCAAAUUGGAUGUAGUCUAUCACAGUGCCAUCCGUUUUGUCACCAAAGUCCCAUAUACUACCCACCAUUGUGACCUGUACGCUCUUGUUGGCUGGCCCUCACUACAUAUUCGUCGCCAAACCCACUGGCUCCAGGUCAUCUAUAAAUCACUGCUAGGCAAAUCCCAGUCUUAUCUUAGCUCACUGGUCACCAUAGCAACACCCACCCGUAGUCUGCGCUCCAGCAGGUAUAUCUCACUGGUCAUCCCCAAAGCCAACACCUCCUUUGGCCGCCAUUCCUUCCAGUUCUCUGCUGCCAAUGACUGGAACGAACUGUAAACAUCUCUGAAGCUGGAGACUCUUAUCUCCCUCACUAACUUUAAGCGUCAGUUGUCAGAGCAGCUUACCGAUCACUGCACCUGUACAUAGCCAUUCUGAAAUUAGCCCACCAAACUACCUCAUCCCCAUAUUGUUAUUUAUUUUGCUCAUUUGCACCCCAGUAUCUCUAUUUGCACAUCAUCUUUUGCACAUCUAUCAUUCCAGUGUUAAUACAAAAUUGUAACUAUUUUGCACUAUGGCCUAUUUAUUGCCUUACCUCCAUAACUUACUACAUUCGCACACACUGUAUAUAUAUUUUCUGUUGUAUUUUUGACUUUAUGUUUUGUUUAUUCCAUAUGUAACUCUGUGUUGUUGUUUUUUAUCGCACUGCUUUGCUUUAUCUUGGCCAGGUCGCAGUUGUAAAUGAGAACCUGUUCUCAACUGGCUUACCUGGUUAAAUAAAAGUGAAAUAAAAAAUAAAAUAAAUAAAAAAGUAUCAUGGCUAAUGCUAAAGGCUAUAGGUUCAUGCUAAAAUAACGCUAACGCUGUACUUAAAAGGGUUGUUACUGUCUUAUUGCUGUGUAUUACGCUGCUGUUGUUGAUGUGGAAAAUUCUCACUAUACUUUAUUAAAAAUCCAGAUUGACUUUAUUCACAUCCCUCCUAGCUCAAAACCCCUCCCUCUUGGGUUCUCCUACCAUUAUCUUCAGUUUCCCGCUCUCUACUGCUCUGCCCACUCCCUUCGUCUAUGGUAGCGGCUUAAUUUGACUGUCAUUCAGUUUAGAAACAAUAUUAUUGCAAUCAGUCACACCCUUGUCAUGCAAAAACACUAAUGUUCAGUUUAAACUCUGUUCAACCCCAGCUCUCCCGGGCUUGACCUGAAGAUUGAUUGUUGAACAUGACAGGUCCAUACUUAAUCUUUCAAACAUACACAAACCUCACCUCAUCAUGCUGUAAUCAAUCAAGAAGAUAGCCAAGGAAAGACAAAGGUUUAUCCUGAACUCUGUUCAACCCUGGCUCAUUCCAGGGAUAUGCCUAAGGAGAGCCACAGGGUCAUAGUCUGGUUGCAGUCACAGCUAACAUAAGACAACUGUAGAAUUUGAUGCCCAUUUUACACACACACAAACCUAGUGAGAGGAAUUCACUAAGUUCUUGCCUAGCAACAGCAAUGUACCAAUGUUUAAUUAUGACUCCUUGUUUGUCAUGUGUGUAAUUAACUUUGGUUAUCCAAUAGUUUACUAAAGAAUCUUCCUCAUUGUCCCCUCAGGUCUCUGGAGGCCACUCCUGUCCCUCUGUCAGACCCAGGCCUGGUCAUCCUCAUCAGUAACUCGAACGUGAAGCAUUCUCUGACGGGCAGCGAGUACCCUAGCAGACGACGACAGUGUGAGGAGGCAGCUGCCAUCUUGGGAAAGGCCAGCCUGAGAGAUGCCACACUGAAGGACCUGGAGGGUGAGAACAAGAGGAUAUUCUGUUCUAAUACAUUCAAUCGUUGUGUUAUGAUUUUUUUGUGAUUUUUUUUCUCCAUUUUUCCAGAUGCUAAGAGCCGAUUGGACGAUGAGACCUAUCGAAGGGCUCGUCAUGUGAUUGAAGAGAUAGCACGUACGGCCCAGGCAGCAGAGGCCCUGAAGAAAGGGGCCUACAAAGAGUUUGGCAAACUCAUGGUGGAAAGCCACAACUCACUCAGGUGAAUAGAGAACACCCUCAAAUAAAUCCUCGACACAGUAAAUGCAUUAAUGGGCGAAUACUUUUUUUAUGCAUCACACAUGAAAAAUAUGAUAGAAAUGUAAAGUAUCCCUCCAUAAUGUUUUCCCUACCAUCAGGGACCUGUAUGAAGUGAGUUGCAAGGAGCUGGACGAGCUGGUGUCUGCAGCCGUGGAGGUGGAGGGUGUGUUCGGCAGCAGAAUGACAGGGGGAGGGUUUGGAGGAUGUACUGUCACACUACUCCAGGCUGGAGCCGUAGACAGGACCAUGCAGCACAUACAGGUGAGGAAGAACACACACACACACACACACACACGGCAGGUGAAUUGUUAGAUACUACUGCACUGUUGGAACUAGGAACACAAGCAUUUCGCUACACCCGCAAUAACAUCUGCUAAAUAUGUGUAUGUGACCAAUAAAAUGUGAUUUCACACACACAUACACACACACUGUGUGAAGGGGACUUGGUGACAAGCUUGCACAAACUAAUCACUGUGGAUAAAAGCGCUUUUAGAAUCUCUUCUGUCACUUUAAGACAAACUGCUCCACCCCCCUGUGUCUUGCCCGGACAGCCCCAAGAGAGAGAGUUUGUGUGUUUGUGCACGCACCCCUGUCUGUGUGUGUGAGAGAGCACUGAGCAGGGGUUACGGCAGGAGAAUAAAAGCUAGCAGCGCCCCUUUAUUAACAUUCAAGUCCGGUCGCCUUGCUGUCCUUCUCUCCCGUCUCUCACUGCCAGCAGCUCUGACACAAACAGUCUUAUGCAACUAGCCAGGCCUCAGCUCACCGACAGGAAUCCUAAACAGCACAAGACCAUGAAGAAACAAAACUACUGAAAGAUAAAUCGACCUGGUCAGAGCACCGGCUUUUUACAGAUGCAGCUUCCAGAAACACUGAGCCAAUCUUUUCUGAUCUUUUUGUCUUCUCAUAAUUCUUGGGUCUUUUUGUGACUCGCUCAUAUCCCGGCUACAGCUUCGCCCUUCCACCUCUGAAAGGAAAAGUGUCUUCAGGAUACAAAAGACUUCAUUUGAACAGUCCACUGCGUUCCAUAGAAAGAGACAAAAACAGGAGUGUUCCACAAGUUUUCUAGCAAGAGUUCUACCACUUCCAAUCCAAAGUGUUCUAAUCUAGUGUUCUAGCCUAAGCGGAGGUCGUUCUCGGUGCCUGAGGAUGCUGAACCUAAACUCCCCGGACAGCAACACUAACAGCAACAGUAACUCCCUGUCGGACCCCGUGUCUCUCAACGUUGGCGGUGAGAUCUACACCACGACCCUGGACACUCUGACGCGGUACCAAGACUCCAUGCUGGGGGCUAUGUUCACCGGACGGAUCUCCACGCUCCGGGACAAACGCGGGAAUGUGUUCAUCGACCGCGACGGGAAGGUUUUCCGCUAUAUCCUGAACUUCCUGCGUUCCAGCUCCCUGGACCUGCCGGAGGGGUUCUCUGAGAUGAGGUUGCUGAGGAGGGAGGCAGAUUUCUUCCAGAUACGCCCCCUUCUGGAUGACAUACGGCGGCGCAUCGAGGCCGGACCGCUCAGCCUGAGAGACGCACCCAGAGGAGCCAUGCUGCUGGUGGACGUGGACUGCCAGGUGUGUGUGUGUGUGUGUGUGUGUGUGUGUGUGUGUGUGUAUUUUGCAUGUUUGUUAGCAUUGUAGUGUGGGUUGGUUCAUGUGGAACGUGGGUGUGUCAUUGCAGCAUCAACCUGUUUGUCUCAUUCCAGGUGCGCGUGCUACACUUCAAUCUACGCCGUGCUCCCGAGAACUAUGAACUCCGCACAUGCUCAGUGCGCAUCCUCACAGCCGAAAUCUUCUGUACCUGGCGUGCCUUUCUGGUUCUCCUUUGUGAGCGUUUCUCCUACCGCACCACCCAGGGUCCUACCUCCCCCCAACCCAGUGACCAGCGCCACAACCGGCUCAAACUGGAGUGGGUUCCCCGGCCAGACGAACUUCCCCAGGACCAGUAUGAGAAACAGCAGUACCGAGGACUCGUCGUCUCGGACUCUUGGGCCACACAGACCCACUCUGGGGAGCUCUGUGAUGUCAUCAUCCCGCGCUGCAGCCCCUGUGAGGUCAAAGACAUGUGCGGGUUUGUGGAGGAGCUUCUGACGGUGUCUCUGGCGGAGGGUUUUAGGGUCGACUCAGUGACCCCUGACCCCAUGGACAUUUUGAACUGCCGUACUUUGCAGCUUGUACGGUAGUGAUAUAGCACGUUCCAGCUCACCACUGAACCACCAGUUAUAGACUUACUCAGACUAAAAGAACAAAAGGUCACCCUAUAAUGUUUCCAACCUACUGAACAUGACUGCUUAUGAAUGGUCUAUAACUAACAGACUUUACUAACUAUUGGAAAGUUUAAAGGUCGCUCUAUAAUGUUUACAAUCCUCUCUUUGAUGUGAAGCUGAGACUGAUCCUACCAUCUGAACCCUCUAACGAACUCUGACCUCAGUAGCCCUGCAGUGGAGCAGACUGUUCUUGACGUGUUGUAGUCUGUUCUAAACUGUAGGGUAGGCCUUCAUCUGGUUUUACAGAAUAGACCCUGUCCCCAACGAAAGGAAUGGUUGUCAGCUCGUCCUGUUAAUGAUCAGUGCAAUUCUUAAAGAGACAGCGAGAGACGGAGACCGGGUGUGUGAUAGAGUGAGUUUGUGGUGGAGUAUCUGUGAGAGAGUGUGCUGCACUGGUAGGAGGGGUGAUCCGACCAUUCCACAGAGCGGGUAUGAGUAUAUUUGCUGGUAUUGUUUUGUAAAACAGUGUUACAGAGUUCUGUGUACUGUGUAAUAAACUAACCAGUCUGUAGAUAUGUUUACAGCUCAUCAAUUUAAUAAACACUACCAAAUGAAAGGUAUUUCUCCCUGAACCCCUAUCAUUCAGACUGGUUCAAGUUCCUGUCCUGUAGGAAGGGGGAUGAGAUGUGUAAUUUUAGAAUGGAGGAAGUAUGUGAGAGGAAAAUAUUAGUAUGGAAGAGGAAAGAUGCCUGUUUGGAAAACAGCUAGUCUCUUCCUCCUAUCCAUCUACUCAGCCCCCAAGCAGCUGUGUUUGCAGAUUCGAAGGAAACAGAUACAGUGCAUUCGGAAAGUAUUC